CCCCUGUCCCAUCUCCGAUGACCGUCCCUCCGCCUCCGCCCCCGCCGCCGGCCAGCGCGCCGCCGGCCUGCCGGCCCCGCCCCGCCGGGCGGCCGGGCAUGACCCCGGCGGCUGGUGCUGCGCUGGUGGCCACGCGCACCCGCGAGGCGCGCCUCACCGGCCGUCUGGACCUGUCCGAUUGUGACCUGAUCAGCCUGCCCGUGUCGCUGUUCAUGAUCCUCAGCGAGGUGGAUGAGGGGGCCCCCGCCCCGAAGCCAGUCACCUCGGUGGACCUGAGUGGCAACCGAAUCCGCGACAUCGGGCCGCGCAUCCGCGACUUCGACAUGCUCCAAUCGCUGGAUCUGCGCAACAAUCGCCUCCGCCAGGUGCCCCUCGAGCAGAUUGAAGUGCGUCUGCCACUGCCAGAUGGCGACUCGCCCUUCCAGGCGCUGCGGCAUAUCGACCUGCGAGGGAACCCCCUGUUGCAGGCCGAGCCCAGCCAGGAGGACAUUGCCCGGUUGCGCGCCACCGUCAGCGAUCUCGAGGCCCGUGGUGUCGUCCUGCUGGUGGAUCUCCCCGGCCAGUAGCCAGCUGGCCAACGGGUCCUGCCCAUGGACUCCCCCCCCCCC